AUGAAACGUUCAUUGUUCACAACGCUACUUACAGGACUUUUACUGGUGUCUCUCAAGCAAACCAGCGGCUUUGCAAUAACUCCAAGAUUAAAAUGUUCAGGAACACCAGCAGACAUUGUAUUUGUUCUGGAUUCUUCGUCCAGCAUGUGGGAACCACAUUUCAAGAAACAGUUAGAUUUCGUCACGUACAUGGUCGACCAUCUCGAUAUUGGAAUGGGCCCUGAACAGGUCAGAGUGGGUGUUGAAAUAUUUAGCGACUCAGCCCAUGUGAAAAUUAAUUUGAACGAAUCGGCAGAAAAGGAGUUAUUAAAAAGUAAAAUUUCUCAAAUAAACCGACUGCUUGGUGACACAAACACUGCUGAUGCUCUCAAUAAACUCAGACAGGUCAUGUUCAAACCAGAACGAGGCUCGAGGCCGGGAGUGAAACGUGUGGCUCUCAUUCUAACAGACGGUGCCUCAAUGGACGAAGCUGCAACGCAAGUAGCAGCUAAAGCAUGCCGGGAUGCAAAUAUUCAACUCUUCGCUAUAGGAAUUGGACAUAAGACCAGCCUUUCAGAAUUGAUCGGAAUUGCCAGCGAGCCCAAAGGAAAAUUCCUUAUCCGUGCUCCUACUUACGAACAUUUGGACUAUAUCAGAGAUAAAGUUGUUCGUAGAACUUGUUACGCAGUUGUGACAAAACAACCGACAACAACAAGUACAACAUCUACACACGCACCCACUACUACUACUACUACUACUAUAGCGACGACGACGACGACGCCUGUUCCAUCGACCACUGUCAAACCAACCAGUACUUCUUUACCGGAGAGUUCCACAACCGAAUCAACAACUACUAAAUCCACUACAGCCAAACCAGUAACUUCAAAUAUAAAACCAACCACUGAUUGGUUGAUACCAGCCGACAAAAAUCAAGAUGAACGCGCCUGCAGAAACAAAGUCGCCGACGUUUUUUUCCUUUUGGACUCUUCCUCCAGCAUACGAACUGACGAAUUCAAAAAGCAGACCAACGCUAUCGAAGAUAUUGUCAGCAAAUUUGACAUCGGCCCCACGAAGACCCGAGUCGGCCUGUCUGUAUUUACCCAUAAUUAUAAUCCCGUGUUGAGUUUUGAUUCCGGCGAUAACAAAGCAGCUGCCCUGAAAAAAAUCCGCCAUAUCCUGUACAUGGGUGGAGGUACGAAGACUGGUAAAGCCCUUCACCAAAUCAGAAGUCACGUUUUCAACGAAGCUUUGGUCCGUCCGGGAGCAGAGCGUAUCCUUAUUGUGUUUACCGAUGGGAUGUCAAGUGAUUAUGAAAGGACUUCGGCAGAGGCUAACUUGCUUCAAGAAUCAGGCGUAAAGAUCUUUGUGGUUGGAAUUGGGCCAGAUGUCGACCAGAUUGAACUUCAGGACAUUGCCAGCAAACCAUCCACUGAAUUUGUGCAUACGUUCGCCACUUUUGACAAUCUCCUGACGGAAUCCGGACUCCUAACCUACAAGACUUGUACUGUUAACGACCAAACAUUUACAAAAGACAGAAAUGCCUGCAACGCAACCUGGCCAACCGACAUUGUUUUUAUGGUCAGUAAGAAUCGUUUUGGCCAUGAGAAGACACAGCGUAUUCUAAAAGCAUCAGCUGAAGUUAUCGGGAAAGUCGGAAGUAAUGGAGUUUUUCGCUUUGGGACAAUGUUUGAUGAUUGCCCUCCUUCACAAGAGAUUGCAAUUGGAUCAAUUUCUGACCAAUCACAAAUGAUGCACGAAAUCAUUAAAUUGGAAUACAGUUCUUUAGCGUCUCUUCUGGGGAAACUAGACAGCAGUUUAUUUCCAAGCACACCUUGGAACGGUCGUAAAGUGGGAUUGAUAUUCUUAGACAAGACCAUCGACAUAAAUGACCCCCGAAUCGUAUCGCAGGCUCGUCAUGCACUUUCUCAAAAUAUUGAACUUUAUGUCGUUAUUAUUGGCGAUGAUGUCGACAUGAGACGCGUGCAAACUGUUCUUGUGCCAAAAGAACGGAUCAUUAAUGUCUACUCCUAUAAAACUCUUGUGUCCUACCUGCCUUUAAUGUUUGCCAAAAGGUUUUGCGUUCCUCACCAGAUUCCUGACAACAGGAAGCCUACUAUUGCGUAA